AAUGGCAGAAAAUGUUACGAGCGUUUGUGUUACCGGAGCCGGCGGCUUUAUCGCAUCGUGGCUCAUCAAGCUUCUCCUCUCUCGCGGCUACGCCGUUCAUGGCACCGUCAGAAAUCCCGGGGACGAGAAAAAUGCUCAUUUAUGGAAGCUUGAGAAUGCAGCUGAAAAGCUCAAACUAUUUAAAGUGGACUUGAUCGAUUUUGAUUCCAUUCUUGCAGCUGUUAGAGGGUGUGAGGGAGUUUUCCAUAUUGCUAGCCCUGCUACUACUACUGCUGCAAAUCCCGAGGUGGAUAUAGUUGAGCCUGCUGUGGUAGGCACUCUCAACGUCCUCAAAGCGUGCUCGGAAGCAAAGGUGCGACGUGUGGUGCUCGUGUCGUCGUAUGUUGCAGUUGUGGUGAACCCUAGUGCCCCCAAGGGUAAGGUGUUGGAUGAGGCUUGUUGGUCGGACAAGGAAUUCUGCCGGAAGACUAAUAACUGGUAUUGUUACUCAAAAGUAGCUGCCGAGGCCGAGGCUCGGGACUAUGCAGAGACAAACGGGGUCGACUUGGUCUCCGUGUUACCCGGCAUCAUCUUUGGCCCUAUGCUGCAGCAUACACCAAAUGCUAGCAAUUUGAUCUUACUUAACUUCUUAAAAGGAGGGGACGAGGUAAUGGAUAAUUAUCUACAUAUGAUAGUAGAUGUACGUGAUGUAGCCGAAGCUAUGAUAUUAGCAUUCGAGACACCUAAUGCCCGGGGUCGAUACUUAUGCACGUCUCACAUGAUCAAAAACGAGGAUUUGGUUAAGAAUCUCAAGGAAAUCUAUCCCGAUUACAACUACCCCAAGAGCUUUAAAGAAGGCAUUGAGGUUCCGCUAGUGAGUUCGGAAAAACUGCAGGGACUUGGUUGGAAAUAUAAGCCAUUGAAACAAACUCUGGUUGACACUAUUGAGAAUUGCAAACAAGUUGGCCUUCUCUGAUUUCGUCAUUGUUUCAAAUUGUGCUGUUCAAUAACAUGGGCACCAAUUGUUGUACUUUGAAUCAUUGUUACUUUCGAUUCUCUAUAUGAUAAUAAAAUGCAAC